AUGUCGUCCACUAAGGCAAUUCUACUUAGAUUGGAUCUUGGUAACAGCCCUGAACGGGCCCGCCAUCAGGCUCUCCGCAGCAACCGUUACCCAUUCGGACCUGAUUUUCGCCACACCCGAGACAUACCUCCUGACGCUGUUUGCUUCACUGGGCCUCGUGACGGAAGGUGGUACAAGUGUUGCAUUUGUGCGCCGCGUGGGCAUCAUCAAGGCAAAAGAGGCACUGCUUUUUGCCGCAUAAUUACUGCCCAGGAGCUUCUGCAGACUAGGUUUGUGAACCAGAUUGCGGAUACCCCAAAAGGGGACGGUGCGAAAUUCCGGGAAUGGGUGUUGUGGGAGCUGGAAUCUCGUGUUGGUGAUCAUCUAGUUAAAGCGAGUAUCUUGGAGAUCAAGAAGCUACUGCGGGAACCUGGCGAUCACGAGUUCAAUGACCAAGCCGUGAAGGAGUUUUUGGGGGGAUUGAGGAAAUUUGCGGACGGGGUUCCGCAGGCCGAAUUUGAGAAGAUUGCCUCGGGUAUGAAGAAGCACAAGCUUUGA